AUGAGCUGCAGCAGCGUGGAGGGCUCCGAGUUCUCGGAGGAGGAGCUGGAGCUCGGUGCGCUGGGGCCAGAAGACGACGACGACGACGAUGACGACGAGUGCAGCGACGGCAAGGAGCCCUACAGCGAGGGGUCGGCCAGCGGCCUGGAGGACCCCGGGGACGGGCCGUCCAAGAAGCGCAGCCGGCCCGUCCGCUCCAAGGCCCGGCGCGUGGCCGCCAACGUGCGGGAGCGCAAGCGCAUCAUGGACUACAACCAGGCAUUCAACGCGCUGCGCGUGGUGCUCAACCACGACCUGAGCGGGAAGCGCCUGUCCAAGAUCGCCACCCUGCAGCGGGCCAUCAACCGCAUCUCGGCGCUCUCCGUGUUCCUCAGCUCCCACCCCGCCGGUGAACCCACGGGGUCGCAGAAGGGCUGCAGCCACCGCGAGUGCAGCAGCGGCGGCAGGUCCUCAUCUUCGUCCUCCAACGUGGCCGGGGGGGGGGGGCCCACGGGGAUGAGAGCCGCGUCCCGGCUGGAGCUGCCCCGGGCGGCGGCGGCGGCCCCUCACACCGAGUCCCAGGCCUACGUCCCCUGGCCUGCGUCCCACCUCCCCCACCAGAUGCAGUCGCAGCAGGCCGCUCACGUCCACAGGUUGCCCGGCGAGGCGCACCUCUUCAUGGACACCGCGGGCACGUCCUGCCCGCCCUCGCCGCAUUACCCGUGCUACCCAAGCGACGGAGGACAGCUCUACGCCUCGCACGGACACUGCGGCAGCCCCGCCGAACACCCGCCCAGCCCGCUGAGGUACCCUCAGGGGGGCGAUGGGUUGGGGUACCCGCCGGCGGUAUGGGCGUCCUGCGCCCAGGGCUACGUGGAUAGUUUUGUGGAGCCCUCCCCGCCGUUGGGGCUGCCGUGGCAGGUGAACUACCUGCAGGAGCCCAGGGCCCAGCACAGCCUAUCCCUUUGCUCUGAC